AUGCCCACAUCGCGUAUAAAUCUGUGUUGUCGUGUUGUAUUGUUGAACUCUCCGUGAAAGUGCAUCGCAGCGCGAGUGAAUGUUGGCCCCAGUGCAUGUGAAUAAUCUAUUGACUGUGCCAGCGAUCAAGGAUUGCAUGAUGCAGUUGAUGUCAGCGGAAGCAACGUUACAUCGAUUGGCGUCGAUUUUAAGCGACGCAAGUAGACCUCCAAAUCCACAUCAAUUCAAAACCGGAUUUUGGGGCCGAGCUCAAGUCAUUCACGUGCAUUCGUCAGCUCAGGCGCGCGAAUAUUUAUGGGUUGAACCCGAUAUUUGUGCAUGGUUACAGCGUUUUAUUCUAGACGAUCGAUCAAGCCUUGACGAACCAUCGUCGGCGAUCAUCGAUAUCGAAGCGUUGUGCCGUCAAGUUUCGAACAGCAUCAUUAGUCGGAAAAUCAUUGAAACCCGUUUCAGUGGACAGGAUGAUGGUUUAGUUGGACUUUUGAAUCUAAUGACGAAUUUAAUGAAAUACGAUCCACCGUUUAAAUUCAGUGCUGAUGCCGAAUUAUUCAUUACCCAAGUAUUCGAUUGCCUGUUUGAUUUGCCAUCACCGCAAAAUCGCCUCAAACCAAAAUACAAAUCGCAAUCAUCACGCGCCGCUGCCUAUGAUCUGCUGGCCGAAAUGUGCCGUAACGCACCAAAUAAUUUCAAAAUUUUGCACGGAAAAUUGCUAAAACAACAUCAGCCUGGUCCACAUUCACCGUAUCCAUGGGAUUAUUGGCCACGUGACGAUGGCCGUUCGGAAUGCGGUUACAUUGGCCUAACGAAUCUUGGUGCUACAUGCUAUAUGGCAUCGUGCAUCCAACACUUGUUCAUGAUGCCACAAGCACGAGAGGCUAUACUCACCGUUGAUUCGAAGUUGGCGCUCAAACAUGCAACGACACUUCAAGAAUUACAACGAAUGUUCGCCUAUCUCAUGGAAUCCGAACGAAAAUCCUACAAUCCACGCUCAUUUUGCCGUGUCUAUCAAAUGGAUCAUCAGCCAUUGAAUACGGGCGAACAAAAGGACAUGGCUGAAUUCUUCAUCGAUAUGGUAUCAAAACUAGAAGAAAUGACACCCGAACUGAAAACACUCAUCAAGCGACUGUUUUGCGGAACAUUGAGUAAUAAUGUCGUCUCUCUCGACUGUGGCCAUGUGAGUCGAACACAGGAAGAAUUCUAUACGGUUCGGUGUCAGGUGGCGCAAAUGCGUGAUUUACAUGAAUCGCUGGCCGAGGUAACGGUCAAAGACACACUGGAAGGUGACAAUAUGUACACUUGUGAUCAAUGUGGUCGAAAGGUUCGUGCGGAAAAAAGAGCUUGCUUUAAGAAAUUACCCGAAAUUUUAUGCUUCAAUACAAUGAGAUGUGCUUUUAACAGGUUAACAGUGCAAAAGGAGAAGGUGAACACUCACUUUUCGUUCCCAAUGAAGUUGGAUAUGUCUGGUUAUGUAGAGAAAUCGUUGUUACCUCAACCGUAUCAGGAAUCGAAAACAGAACCAAGUGACCAGAACGAACGAAAUGACGAGAAGAACGUUAACGAGCCACAAGAUAAGGAGCAAGAAAUCGAAAAGAUGGAUGUAUGUUCAUCGGAAGAAGCCGUAAACGAACCAUACGAGUACAGUUUGAUCGGUGUUACUGUCCAUACGGGCAACGCAGAUGGUGGCCAUUACUACAGUUUCAUUAAAGAGCGAAACGGUCCUCAUCCGCAUGCACCGGAUCGCUGGUUUUUGUUCAACGAUGCUGAAGUCAAACAAUUCGAUCCAUCACAAAUCGAAGCCGAAUGCUUUGGUGGUGAAAUGACGAGCAAAACCUAUGACGCAGUCACGGAAAAGUAUCUUGAUUUUAGUUUUGAAAAAACGAACUCGGCCUACAUGCUUUUCUAUGAGCGCAUUUCACCGCAUCAAUCGCAUUUUGAAACACAUUCGGAUCAAGGAUCGUCGGAUAUUAAAGUUGAGGAUAUCAAAAUUGAGGAUACGGAACAGGCAAGCUGCUCUACGGCAACAACAACAACAACCGCCACACCACCGCCGCCACCGGUAUCAGUGAACAAAAUCAUUGAUUCGGUGAUUAAAGUCGACAAAUCCGACGAACCAAUUGCCACAGAUCCACCCACAGACUCAAUGAAUGACGAAUUAGCGGUAGAGCAUAACAAAUGUGAUAUAGACACUAAGAGCGGUAGCGAUUGCAAUGAAAAUGCCAACGAUGAAACGACCACCGAUGCUGUCAACAAAACGCUGGCCGUAGCAUCAACGAGCUCAACGAAAAAGACAACAACAUCAAGGCAUUUGCUGAACAAAGAACUCGAAGAAUGGAUUUGGGAAGAUAAUCGCUACUUUCUACAGGAUCGAAAUAUUUUCGAACACACAUAUUUCAAUUUCAUGUGGCAAAUAUGCGGCAGUAUUCCACAGUCAUUAUUGCACAAAACGGAUGUUACAUGUAUAGCGGCUCAAUUAUCAGUAUCGUUUUUUAUCGAGACUUUCAUUCAUGCUAAGGAAAAGCCAACAAUGGUUCUAUGGGUGGAAUUAUUGACGAAACAAUUCAAUGGAAAUCCAGAGGCGUGCGAAUGGUUUUUAACGCAUAUGUCAACGGAGUUUUGGUGGCCGGUGCAGAUACUUAUCAAAUGUCCAAACCAAAUGGUUCGGCAAAUGUUUCAGCGUUUAGUCAUUCAUGUCAUUCAGCGAUUGCGACAAUCUCAUUGUAAUUUGUAUUUGAAAUCGGAAACGGAUGCCGAAGGCCGAGAGUUAGUUGGAGAUGCAUCAUGCGUAACGCGUUUUAUAAAAUCGUUGAUAACGAUUAUGGAGCACGGUGCCAAGGCGCAUUUGCGCCAUUUAUCCGAAUUCUUUGGAUUGUUGUACGAAUUCUCGCGCAUGGGUGAAGAGGAAACCCUAUUCUUGCUCAAAAUCAAUGUGAUACGCAGUGUAGCCGACUUUUAUUUGGGUCACAAAACACAAGAUUGCAUUGAUGUUGGCUCCGAUAAUGACGACAACUCUUCGGAUGAAACAUUAUCGAUUGAUAAAACGAGACCAGCGUCGCUCGAUAAAAUGAUAGCUUUAGUGGCAAAUUUGGUCGAACGUUCCAGAGGACCUGACCUUCGUCUCCAAUUAUCUCCAAGAGAUUAUAAUGCCAUUGCUGGCGGAAAGGGCUUUCCAUUUUUAUACCAACAAAUCAAAGACAAUAUCAACCCGCAUCAAACACGACACUUGAUUCAUGCUCUUUGUCGAUGGGAUGAACGUUUGGCAAAUCAAAUAAUAACCAUGCUGUUCACAUCGGUUACGCGUCACAUUGAAUUGUGCGGUCCAUUCUUCAAAUUGCUUACGUUGUUAACCGAAUCAUCGAGUGGACCAUCCGGUUUGCCAUGCUUCUCUCAGUUGGUUCUAUCUCGUGUUUGGGAUGCGGCUGAAUUUUGUCCGCAAUCGGCAUUGGAUUGGCUUGCAGUGCAGGCACCAAGGAAUAAAAUCGCACACGCUUGGAUUCUGCAAUCAGCCGAGAGCUGGGUUGAACAGUUCCUUUUAGCGCAUAACAAUGCCAAAGUUCGAAAUGCUGCCGCUUAUCUUCUGGUAUCGUUGGUCCCGUCACAAUCCUUUCGCACAAACUAUCGUGCCGCUUCAUUGAAACUGCAAGUGCACACAUCGCACCGAGAUCUCAGUGACGAGGCUACGCUCAUAUUGCACACCAUUCUAAAUUUAUUGCUGCGUUUACUACGGCCUGCCAGAGUUUAUACCGAUAUAUUGGUGCAUGGUCCGAGCAAAUUGUCAGCUUACUUCGGUUUGAUGACUUAUUGCAUGGUAUCAAAAACGGAAAAACUUAUGUUAACACCAUACAUUCGAACGUUAUGGGAUCUAUUCCAUCCGCGUUUGUCGGAGCCAAGUGUUCCUGCUCACCAUAACAAACAAGCACUUCUAGCAUUCUGGUACCAUGCAACCAAUGAUUGCCCCGAAAAUGCUCAGGCCGUUGCCAAUUGCCCGGAGAUAACUCGAAACAUUGCAUUUAAUUACAUUCUAGCUGAUCACGAUGAUGUCGAUAUUGUAGCAUAUAAUCGUGCUAUGUUGCCCGCAUACUAUGGACUGUUACGUUUAUGUUGCCAACAAAGCCGCUCAUUGACGCGACAAUUGGCUGCGCAUCAAAACUUGCAAUGGGCUUUCAAAAAUAUAACGCCGCAUCCAACGCAAUAUGCGAUGGCCGUUGACGAGCUAUUCUCAUUGAUGAAUCUAUUUGCCGCUC